GGGCAUGUGACGUCACGGACGGACUCGCGCGGUGCGGCAGCUGGAGGGAGCGCGCGCACACGGCACCGCAUCGCGGGUCGGAACAUGAUGCGUGUUUCGUUCUCGUGAUUUGACAGGUUUGAAAGGUCGACGGAUCUGAUGGAGGGAGCCGCGAGCGCAGGAUGUUCCGCGCUGACGGACGACUCGGACUCGGUGCUCGGCGUCGGCUGCGGGUCCGAGGCUGGAGAUCUCGACACUGGUUUAAAGAAGACCUACAUAACCGAGAUGCCAUCGUCCUCCGGUCCCAGUUCUGGUCUAGAGAAGAAGAUCGGUCACAGGCGAAUAGAUGCCUCUGGUGAGACCACCUACAAGAAGACGACUUCAUCUGCUCUGAAAGGAGCCAUUCAGCUGGGCAUCGGCUACACCGUGGGUAACCUGAGCUCCAAACCAGAGAGAGAUGUUCUCAUGCAGGACUUCUAUGUGGUGGAGAGCAUUUUCUUCCCAAGCGAGGGCAGUAAUCUGACCCCAGCACAUCAUUAUCCAGACUUCAGAUUUAAGACGUACGCUCCGGUGGCGUUUCGAUACUUCAGGGAACUCUUUGGGAUUCGACCUGAUGACUAUCUGUAUUCACUGUGUAAUGAACCUUUAAUCGAGCUUUCAAAUCCUGGUGCCAGUGGCUCCAUUUUUUACGUCACACGAGAUGAUGAGUUUAUCCUGAAGACCGUCAUGCAUAAAGAAGCUGAAUUUCUACAGAAACUGCUGCCUGGAUACUACAUGAACCUGAAUCAAAAUCCACGCACUCUGCUGCCUAAAUUCUUUGGUUUGUACUGCGUACAGUCGGGUGGGAAGAACAUUCGUAUCGUUGUGAUGAACAACGUUCUGCCGCGUGUCUUCCGCAUGCAUUAUAAGUUUGACCUUAAGGGCUCUACGUACAAGCGCCGAGCUUCAAAGAAGGAACGUGAGAAAUCUAGGCCCACCUUCAAAGAUCUGGACUUCAUGCAGGAGGUUCAAGAUGGUCUUCUGCUGGAUGUGGACACGUAUAACGCUCUGGUGAAAACACUGCAGAGAGACUGUCUGGUGUUGGAGAGUUUUAAGAUCAUGGACUACAGUUUGCUGUUAGGGGUUCAUAAUGUUGAUCAGGCGGAGCGAGAGCGACAGGUGGAGGGCUCACAAAGCAGCGAUGAGAAACGGCCGACGGCUCAGCGAGCGCUUUACUCCACCGCCAUGGAGUCCAUACAGGGCGGAGCUUCAUGUGGAGACUCUAUAGACACUGAUGACACAAUGGGUGGGAUUCCAGCAGUAAGUGGUAAAGGAGAGAGACUCCUACUGUUUAUUGGUAUAAUAGACAUCCUGCAGUCAUACAGACUCAUUAAGAAGUUUGAACACACGUGGAAAGCUCUUGUCCAUGAUGGGGACACUGUUUCUGUUCACAGACCGAACUUCUACGCCGAUCGUUUCUUUCGAUUUAUGAGCAGCACUGUGUUUAAGAAGAGUACAUCACUGAAAGCAUCACCAGCUAAGAAAGGCCGUGCGACACUGACGGUGCCCAAGUUCGGCGGCCCCGGGUCAGCCUGGUCUGCCAGUCAGCUUCCUUCAGAGAGAUACGAGAACACGUAUGAUCUGAGAGGAGCUCACAGUUACCCUGUACUGGAAAAUGAUGGUCUGCCAUCUUGCACCCCUCCAUCAUUUGAAGAAGCGACUACAGUGUCUGUAGCCACCACGCUGUCCUCGAACAACUCCAUAUCCAUACCUGAACGUUCGCCAUCAGACACUACAGAACAUCCACGAUACAGAAGGCAGACGUUGUCUUUGAAGGACGCUGAGGGAAGGACACAGGAGGUUGUUGAUGUUCAUGAGGAGGAUCAGCAGACCAUCACUGUACAGGUGGAGGUGAAGAGAAACCGAGACUUUGAGGAACCUGAUGAAUCUCCAGAGAUCAAUGUGGCCAAAGAUGUGAAUGUCCCGGACUCAACACGAGAGACUGAAAUAACUGCACCAUCAAAAACUGAUGUCUCCGUGGCAACAUUUCCUGAAGACACGCCCACCCGACUUAAGACGGCCACCGAACCCGAGACGUCUGAGCAGAUCUGUUCCAGUGUGAGAGCCCCUGUAGAGUCUCAGAGUCGUGAAUCACUGGAGGAGGAGCUCGCAACAUCUUCUGACAUCUGCUUUUAUGCUGAAGGCAGAUAUUGGCUUUAUUCUCCAGUUCUUCACAGGAGAAAGUUGAGCUCAUGCAGUGUUCAGCAUCAAGAUGAAAGAAGUUGGGUUCAUUCACCUCUUCAUUAUAACUCUGUAUCUGAUGAGGAUGAACAGGCAUAGCUGAAUCUACAGUAGAAAUGUGAUGUUAGAUGAAUGAAUACUCGAGCGGUAACUGAUCAGACAGAUGUUGUAAUGCUGACUCUGCUCUUCUCAGCGUGAUGAAAAGGGACACAAAACCCAGAAAAAAAUAGCCUGGGUGCCAUUUCCCUUCAUUCCUCAUCUCUGACUGUCCCGUGUGUUUGUGUCAGAUCAUGUAAGACAAACCUUCACGUGUGACUCUCUGAUAUAGUUCAUGUACUGUAAUGCUGAACCUGCUGUCCUGAUGUGUGGACGACCCAUAAUGUACUCAGAUCAGACUUGUGUAUGUGUAUCAUAUCAUUAUCGUAUCAUUUAUGAACUGUGUGAGCUGUAUCCUGUACAGCUUCUUCAUUAUGCAAAUACUUCUCUCCGUUUUCCUGCAGAUCAUACACGAUUGCAUGUACAGUAAUGAUAUGAUAUAUUUUUAUGUUGUGUGCCUCUGCGAUGUUUAAACAAAACCUGUGCAGUGUGAUGAAAACAUAAAGAUCUAAAAAUGAAAGCAUACAGUAAGAUGAAAUGUUGAAUGCUCUCUCGUUUGUAAGUCACUUUGGAUAACAGUGUCUGCUAAAUAAAUAAACAAACGUAAAUCACUUCAUAUGUUCGUGAAGAUGCUCUAUUGCCCACCUGCCGACCCUGAUUUGCAGAAGAGCUUACAAGAGAAAAUCAGACUAUUUCAUGGCUAUAGAAAGAGACUAACAUUCCAACCUGAAUAUAAGUGUACAUUUUUUUUGUCAGUCAUAAAAUAAUUUGACCAUUUUGUAAAUAUUUUUAACUCUAUUGUAUUCAUAGGUGAUAUUUUACUGAUAUUGGUUGUCAUGGUUAGUGGUGAUACCCAGAUAGCAAUAGACUCCCGAGGUAAAGCGGAUCCGUCCAUGAGACUAUUGCUAUCUCAAUCAAUGGUUUUCAGUCCUGUUAAGGGUGAUCCACUGCUCUGCACAUGAUCUCUUUAUGUGACACACCUCACCUCAGUUCAUGGAGCUCUCUCCCAAAUAUCAGAGUCAGAUACAAGAAACAUAUGAUUUUCAUUUCCUACUGUAGGGCCUUCUGUUCUUGCAGUUAUUAAUAGCAGUUUAUCAUCAGGUGAGGUUUUUAAACAUGCAGUUGUGCAACCUCUAAUCAAAAAACCUGGUUUGGAUCCUUCAGAUCUUGGACAUUUCAGGCCUAUUUCCAGACUACCAUUUCUCUAAAAUGUCCUUGAGUAGAAAGUUUACAGUCAUUUAAUGACUUAUCUGAAAGAACACAGUGUUCUUGAAAUUUACUAGUCUGGUUUUAAAACUAUGCACAGCACAGAAUCUGCUCUUUUAAAAGUUUUUAAUGAUAUCUUUCUAGCCACUGAUUCUGGUGAUUCUGUUAUUCUUGUUCUUCUUGAUUUAACUGCUGCAUUUGACACUUUAGACCAUGAAAUUCGGAUCUCUUGUUUGGAGCAGAGGGUGGGCAUCAAGGGCCAGCACUCAAAUGGUUCAGGUCGGACUUUCUGUGUCAGCUGUGGUGACUUUAAGUCCUCCUCCGCUCCUCUCACCUGUGGGGUUCCCCAGGGCUCAGUUUUAGGUCCUCUUUUAUUCUUUCUGUAUCUGCUACCGCUAGGCUCAAUCAUCAGGAAGCAUGGCAUGUCUUUCAAUUUUUACGCAGAUGAUAGCCAGAUUUAUAUGCCUUUUAAAAAGAAUGGAACUAUCAGAUGGUUGCUUGAGUGUCUAAAUGAUAUACAGGCCUGGAUGUCUCUAAACUUUUUACGUUUUAAUAUCAAAGAGACAGAGGUGGACCGGGCUUUUGCUGUGGCAGCUCCUUAACUAUGGAAUGAUCUGGCUCUGCCCGUUAGGCAGGCCUCUUCAUUAUCUUCUUUUAAGUCGCCUUUGACACUAGACAUGUGUUUUAAAUUUGUUUUAUUUGAAUUUUAAUUAGUUUUAUAUAUCUUGCAUGAGUUGCGUUUUUGUGUUUAGAUAUUUUCUGUACAGCACUUUGGUCAACUGUGGUUGUUUUAAAGUGCUUUAUAAAUAAAGUUUGAUUUGAUUUUAUAUGAAAUGUGCACAGGGCCUUUUCUAGCCAUUUUGAUGCCCUAGGUGAAACCCUUAUUGGCACCCCAGAUCAUACAAUUAUACAUGCAUUGUUACAUACAAAAAACACAAAUCAUGUCAAAUUAAUGUAAUCAUGUAUCACUCAAAUCUUUAAUGCAUCUCAUUUCAUAUCCAUUGUUAGCCAUAUUUACAGUUCCUGUAUCAUAAUAAGGAAAAUUAAUCAUGGCUUUAUUUUUGUAUUAACCACGAUUUUAGCAGAAUUAAUACCAUUUUUUUUAACUACAAAUAAAAUACCAUUGUUAUUACGUUGAGAACAUAGUCAAUUUGUGGUUACUUAUUACAAAUAAAACUAUGUUUAUUAUAGUUUAUAGCUUCCUUUGCUUUAGUGGAAGUGCUUGAUAAUUAUUACUUAUGUGUUAAAAACAAAGGUUGUGGUCUUGAAAAACUGCAAUCAUUUUGGGAAAACCACACAUACUGUACCACCUUCUGUCUGGUGCUGGUGAAAUAUUGUGCUGUCCAUGCGAAAUUUGACAUUCAGAGUUUGUCUUUUAUUUUGUUUCAGUGCUCAUUUUUUACUUAUUUAAUGUCAGUGAAGCAGCAGUCAAAAUGUAUAAGCGCUCUUUGGCGCCCCUGCAGCUGGUGGCACCCUAGCUGACUGCCUAGUUUUCCUAUGCCCAGAAACGGCCCUAAAUGUGCAGAGCAGUAGAUCACUUGGAACAGGAUUUAAAAACACAGUUUGGUUUAUAUGAUCUGGUUAUAAUGCUGGUGUGUUUAUACUGUAAAUACUAUAAGAGGAAUAUUAUCAGAGUCCUGUGAUGACAGGGGAAUUCGUUCAGCUUGGAAACAAAAUGAUGAAAAUUUCUACCCAUGACCGUGAAAUAUAAUAACAUUUAUGAAUUUAAAUUGAACCCAGUAUUAGUUAGUAUCUGUGCAUCUGACAAUUUCUGUUUAUCAUUCUGUUAAUACAAAAUAAUUUUGCGUUGUGUGUGUGUGUUUAGUUGUUUUAAAACAUGCUGCUGGUCUUAUUGUAUGAUUAAACAUUACACAUAUAAUUGUUGCUCUUUGUUAUCUCUCAUCAAAACAUAAUAACUUGCUUAUAAAAUAACAUUGGUUACACUUAAUUUUAUGGUGUUCUUCUUAACGGUGUAAUAAUAUUUUUAAGUAGUGCAGUGGUUCUUUAACUGGGAGGCGUGAGAUGGUGCCCAGCCCCAGUUUUAUGACAUUUUAUAAAAUACAUAUUUGUAUGUACAUAAACUAACCAACAGCACUACAUUGAAUUACACAAAACAUAUUAAAUUACACAAAUUAAGUUUGAGAUUGUUUUAUGUCAUGAAUUUUCUUUGCACCUUACACGUUGGCACACCGAAAAGUUUGAGAACCACUCACUUAGUGAGUAUUAUUGCUGAACAACAUGUGUUUACUAUAGGGGUUUGGUUUAGGAUUAGUUAUUCAUACUUUACUGUUUGUUACUUUAGUAAGUACACGUGUAACAAUGGCUCUGUGUAAACAAAGUGUUAUCGUAACUUUCUCAGCUGAUGUCAUGUGACCUGUAAUGUUAAUCUGUAGCCACUAGUAAGAUAUCAGACAUUUUUGGGCUAAAGUUGUAGGUAUUGGAAUGGUUUGAAACCAUUUUAAUGGCAAAAUGCAAAGUUAACAUUAAUGCAAUAAAAACAUAAUGCAAUAAUAGCAAAUAAUAAUACAUUUAAAAUGUGUAGAUGAGAUUAAUUUGACUAUCAGCCUGAACUCCUCUAUAAUCCAAAGACUUUUUACCGCUAUUUUCAUUGUCCAGCACUGUAAAAAAAUUCUGGAUAAAUUACAGUAUUACUGGGUAUCAGUGGCAACUAGCUGCCAGUAAUUUACUGUAGAUUUUACAUUUAUGUUAUUUACUGGCAAGAGUUUGUUCAAAGUUAAAUUAACAUGAAACAAUUUCAGUCUUUUUCUUCUAAAGUAAGUUACUGGCAACCAGCUGCAUAAUUACAGCAAAUUUUUUAUAUUGUAGAUUUUGUUUGACCAUUCAGCCUCAUCUUGCAUUUCUCUUGGUCUUUUCUUCCUUAUCACAUUAUAGAAGUAAAUUGGAUUAUGAAUGUUAUUUUAUGAGGUAAAUGAUUUAUAUUUAACAGUUAUAUACUGUAGACGUUUACACUGGUUUACUGCAAUAUACUCUAAACAUUCCCAUUCUCAUUUAAACACAGAGCGGCACCAUAAAACAUUUUUUAUUUGUUUUAUUUCAUUCAGUAGAUAGUUGCUGAUAUAUUUCAUCUUCAGUAAUCAGAACUCAGAACUGGAUUUGCCUUAUAGUGACAUCAUUAUAAGGACAUUGUUAAUAAUAUCAACAUCUAUCAGUCCGUGUGUCUCUGUAGUAUAAUGUACAGUAUGUUUUACAGUUAUAAUGUAUUAUAUGUUUGAAAUAAAAAUAAUUUUAUUUUUGGGCUGCAUGUCAUACAUGAUAAAUAAACAGUGUCAGGUCCUUUAGCUCUUUAAAUGUCUAGUUUAAGGCUCUAGGGGUGGUUUCCAGGACAGGGUUUAGAUUAAACCAAGACUAGGCUUUAGUUUUUAAGUAGUAUUAAGUCGUUUUUACAUCUUGAGACAAAACAAUGGCCCUGAUAUAUUUUAAGAUAUGUCAGGACAAGCUGUUUUUAGUUUAGACAUCUCAAACAUGUGUUUUAAUCUGGUACUAGACUUGAGACUUGUCUGUAAACCGCUCCCUGAUGUUGAUGGGUAUGUAAUGUAAAAUCCACCCUCAGUAAUACACACGUGUGUGUGUUUGUGUGAGAGAUUGUGUAUGAAUGUGUUUGGUUAUUUGUCUCUUCUGCUAGAUGUCAUUUCAUGAAAUCAUUGCAUGUGUCGGACAGCAGGAUCCAGUACUGAAGAAUCUGUAUAUGUUCAUUUGUAAUCAAGAACAUAAAUGGCCUGUGUGUUUAUCAGAUAAUAAAAGUGUAUAUCACAAAUGACAUGAAUCUCUCUGUGAUGUUUUAUAUUGGCCAGUGAUUUUGUUGUAUUUUGUCAUGUGCUCUUUGUGUUGUGUUUGAAACAAGCAGAUCGCACACAUCGGAUUCAGUUUUCUGUCUGCUGGACAAAACAAAUCACAUGUAAACUUUUUCGUCUUAAAUGUAUGGGUAAAUCAUUUACAUUCACUUACAAAUCAAUGUCACAGCUUCACAACUGACAGAAAGUACACAGGUUUAACACUGAUAGGACGGUUUCAACAAAUUCUUAAUAUACCUGUAUGAAAAUUAUUUGUUUACUGAUACAAUGAAAACACUACUUUGGUUGUUUAUUUUGUCUUUUUUAUCUUUUACUAGACUUUUGUUUAAAGUUGUAUUUAAAACAUUUUGCAUCUUGAAACAUUACAGUACAUGUAGUUUGGGGCUACAAGAUGUUCAGUGUGGGUUUUUUUGUCUUUUGAGUAAGACUUUUUGUUUUGGAUUAAAGUGUAUUAAAUUAA